AUGGCUCGCCUCCAUGCCUGCUCCAAAUCUUUGCCCAGCGCAGAGCCGCGGCCGGUGCGCUAUGCGGAUCUCGGGGGCAUCGAGGCGGUGCUCAGCGAUAUCAAAGAGCUCGUGGAGUACCCUCUGCGCCACCCUGAGGUGUAUGCAUGGCUGGGAGUGGAGCCACCACGGGGGGUCUUGCUGCACGGCCCCCCCGGUUGUGGCAAGACGGCGCUUGCAAAUGCCAUCGCAAACGAAUGCGGCGUUCCCUUUCUCCGCAUCUCCGCCCCGGAGAUUGUUGCCGGCGUAUCUGGGGAGUCAGAGGCAAAGGUUCGCCAGCUAUUCCAGGAAGCGGCUUCCCUUGCGCCCUGCAUAAUAUUCAUAGAUGAGAUCGAUGCAAUAGCUGCAAAGCGCGAGACGGCGCAGCGCGAAAUGGAGCGGCGGAUUGUGGCGCAGAUGCUGACAUGCAUGGACGACCUGUCGGAGCAGCCUCUUGCCGGGGGGACCGGCGGGGGGACUGAGCGGGGGGAUCCUGCCCGCCUUCCUAAGCAUGUGGUCGUCAUAGGCGCUACAAAUCGGCCGGACUCAUUGGAUGCAGCGCUUCGGCGCGCCGGGCGCUUUGACAGGGAGAUUGCACUGGGCAUCCCCUCUCAGGAGGCCCGUGCCAAGAUCCUCCAGGUUUUGGCGCGGCGGCUGCGGUUGGACGGCGACUUUGACUUUGCGCAGGUCGCAGUGAAGACGCCGGGAUUUGUGGGCGCAGAUCUGACCGCCCUCAUAAAGGAGGCGGCCGCCAUCGCCGUCACGCGCAUCUUCUCCGAGCUGCAGACGCUGGAGCAGCCGCUGAGCGUGCAGCAGCUGUCGGGCCUGGCCAUUCGCGCGGCGGACUUUGACGCGGCCGUCAAGAAGGUGCAGCCGAGCGUGCGGCGGGAAGGCUUCGCCACGACGCCGGACAUCACCUGGAACGAUGUCGGCUCACUGGCAGAGGUGCGCGAGGAGCUGGCGUUCUCCAUAACAGAGCCCAUAAAGUACCCGGAGCGCUUUGCCGCGCUCGGCCUGGCCGCUCCCACGGGCGUGCUGCUAUAUGGUCCUCCGGGCUGCGGCAAAACGCUCGUCGCCAAGGCGGUUGCUAACGACAGUGGGGCCAAUUUCAUGUCCAUUAAGGGCCCCGAGCUGCUGAACAAGUAUGUGGGAGAGAGCGAGCGGGCGGUGCGGCAGCUGUUUGCGCGCGCAAGGGCAGCCGGACCAUGCGUGCUGUUCUUCGACGAACUCGAUGCUCUCGCGCCGCGCCGCGGCUCGGACGUUUCCCAAUCCUCUGAGCGGUGCGUAAAAAAACUGUUGUCUAGAUUAUAUUACGGUCGCACAGGAGUGUACCUGAUUGCCGCCACCAAUCGUCCAGACAUCAUCGACUCUGCACUGCUCAGGCCGGGCCGCCUGGACAAGCUGCUCUAUGUGCCGCUGCCGGCGCCGGAGGGCCGCGUUGCGAUUCUGCAGGCGCUCACGCGCGCAACUCCCUUGGCCGCCGACGUCGACCUGCGCGCCGUUGGGCUCAGCCCCGGCACCGGCGGCUACAGCGGCGCGGACCUGGCCGCUCUCGUGCGCGAAGCCGCCGUGACCUCCCUCAAGGAGGCACUGAGGGAGGUGAGGAAGCCAGAGGAAGCUGCGGAGGGAACGGCGUGCGUACACAUGCGCCACUUUGAGGCUGCGAUGCGAAGCGUGCAGCCGAGCGUGAGCGCCAAGGACCAGCGCGUCUACGAUACCCUGCGCCAGAAGCUGCGCAGGUCAUGCUUGGCGCUGGACCCAGCUGCAGUGGCAGAGGAGCGCGGAGAGGCGCCCAAAUAG